UCUCCGCCCAAACAAGCCGUGACGCUCCGGCUACGUCCGCGCUGAGCUGAUUGACGUCAUACUGCUGCGACGGUGUGCCAGCUUCAAACAUGGCUUCUAGAUUAGAAAUAAAUUUUAUCAGAUUAUUGUCUCGUUGUGAAUCUAUGGCGUCGGAGAAACGGGGAGAAACGGAAUGGAGAUUAGAAAAGUAUGUUGGUGCCCUGGAGGAGAUGUUGGUGGCUCUGAGGAAAAGCCAGAGCAAACCCACACCAGAAGUACUGACUGAAUACACAAGAAAAGUCGAUUUUCUGAAAGGACUUCUAGAGGCAGAGAAACUGUCUUCACCAACAGAAAAAGCUUUAGCUAAUCAGUUCCUCGCCCCCGGGCGAACACCCACAAUAGCCAAUGAGAGGAUGCCUGCCACUAAAACUGUCCACAUGCAGACGAAGGCCCGGUGCACAGGAGAGAUGAGGGACGAGCUGCUCGGCAAGGUGUCGUCAGGCAAAGGCACAUCAGAAACAGACUUGCGAAACAGAAGAGGUCUUCCUCUGGAUGAGCGUCAGUCCGCUGCAGAGCUGGAGGCCGUCCUGCAGCACCACCACAACCUGCAGGAGAAACUUGCUGAGGACAUGCUCAACCUGGCCCGAAAUCUGAAGAACAACACUCUGGCAGCACAAAACAUCAUCAAACAGGACAACCAGACUCUGAGCCAGUCGAUGCGUCAGGCAGACACCAACUUUGAGAAGCUGAAGACGGAGUCGGAGCGACUGGAGCAGCACACCAAGAAGUCCGUCAACUGGCUGCUGUGGCUGAUGCUCAUCCUGGUCUCCUUCUCCUUCAUCAGCAUGAUCCUCUUCAUCAGAAUCUUCCCCAGACUCCGAUGAUGACCGUCUACAAUCCUGAACUCUUUAGUCCUGCAGCCUCCUGUGUUUACAGAGCAGUAACUACAUAGGCCUCAUAGAUCUAUACAGCAUGUCUGUAUGUGCGAUACAGACCAGUAGUGGUCAGAACCAAAACAACAGAACUGAAACAUUUGCACUUUUGAAACUGAAAUUCUUCCUCUAAACAGGAACGUUUAAAAUGUGGUUUGAAGCAUCAGUAUUCCUUUUUUUUUUUGAAAAACAGAAUAUGAAUCGAUGUUAAGGGCUUCUUGUUGGAGGGCCUUUGGGAGCAGCAACAUAGUCUUAAUACCCAGACAGCAGGGACUGAGCCUUAAUUAUUUUCAUCCCUCAUCAGGUAGGCUACUAGCCAUUCAAUACAUGUAUGUACUUUCUCACUUAGUGGGACUCAAGUCAAAAUCAUCUUUUGUAGAACAUCAUUUCACCGUGCAUACAUCUGAAAGUGUUCACGAACCGUCCACCAUCUGCUGUAUGUUAGCCACAGUUUCAACACUAUAUUGAAUUAAUUGAAUACUGAGUCUAAAGAUUCUGACUUAUUAAUAGAUGGGAUGUGCUGAAACUUAAACUUUUACUUUAUCUGCCCCUAAUUAGCAUUUAUAAGCUUUAUAUAAAUGUUUAAUUAACGGUUUAUAACACUACAAUGUAGUUGUAAACAGCUAUAAGGAUAUUUUUAAGUGUUUAUUAAUGCAUAAUAUUUGUCAACAAUCAGAACUUCUCCUAUGAAGACAUAUUUUACAUUAAUACAACAGUGUUUUACUAUAUUUUCAUUCAUUAUCUGUUUAUACAGAAGCCUGCACCUAGUGGGUGCCCACAGGAGGAGUUAUAGUUACAAAUACAUUAAGAAACACUUAAAUCUGUUUACGGCGACAUUAUAGUGUCUUAUAAAGCAUUUAUUAAAUGUUUAUAUAGUGCUUAUAAAUGCUAACUAAGGGGGUUAAAGUGUUACCAAUUGUUUCACCAAAAUUAAUAAUUUUUAAUUACAAAACAGAUUUCAAGCAUUAAUUUUUCAUCUUCCAGUUAGGUUUUGGAAAUUUUGUGAAGAGCUUGAGAGCUUUGUGCUGUUAGAUUUGUUUGAGUUCACCACUCCUCAUAUGUCCAAUAUCCUCAGUCCUGUUCAUUGUUUAUGAGUCUGUAUGUUUUGAUGGUUGAUAUUUGUAAUGUUGGUGAUGACUGCUGAGGCUGCUAAUGUUGAUGAAGUAAGAUUUAGCUCUCAUUAAAUGACACGUAACCCCAUAUAAACAUUCACACGUCAUUUAGAGCAGCAGCUGUGUGUGUGUGUGUGUGUGUGUGUGUGUGUGUGUGUGUGUGUGUGUGUGUGUGUGUGUGUGUGUGUGUGUGUGGUGGGGGGCGGGGGGCUGUGUAUGACCUUUUUCUCAUAAACUAAAAUACCAAAUUGCACCCUCUGUCAUUUUGAAAAUGACAUGAUGCAGUGACUUCAUGUGGCCAGUGUGUGUCAGUCAUAUCCUUAGAAGAUGAACAGAUAAUGACCUCCAUGACCCUGAUCAAGCCCUGAAUCCUAAAUUAACCCCACUACUCAUUUAGAAGGAUCUGAGGGUUGAAGUAUGGCUAAAUAAAGGCAGUUGGCCACAGAAAAAGCA